AUGGAGAAACGAGCAGUUCCAGGUCAUUGGUGGCACAUCUGCCAUCUCUUCCCCGUGUUCCAGGGUCUUCUAAAAGUGUUGGCAGGGAUCGACACCAACUUCGUUGUUACCUCAAAGGCGUAUAACGAGGAUGGUGACUUUGCUGAGCUAUAUGUGUUCAAGUGGACCAGUCUCCUCAUUCCACCUACCACUGUGCUUUGGUUACCAAUCAUGGGGUCCGCUCUUCGGAAAGCUCUUCUUCUCCAUCUGGGUGAUCUGCAUCUCUACCCCUUCCUCAAGGGUCUCAUGGGCAGGCAGAACCGCAGUCCGACCAUCGUCAUCGUCUGGUCCAUCCUCCUCGCGUCGAUCUUCUCGCUUCUGUGGGUCAAGAUCGACAAUGCGGUGUGA